GGGAAAUGUAUGAGGAGAAAAGACACGGUUUUCGCAUUUCUUUGAGGAUUUUAAAUAGAGAAUCUUGCCUGCAAUCAGAAGUACUGUCCGCAUGUUUACCCCGGGGAGGUGACUCGUUAUUACGUCGGACUGUUUCAGCACAAAACCGAUAAUGCCAUUUUCGGCAAAAUUCGGCAAAAAACAAUCCACCAAUGAAUGCUGGAGUCAAACACACAGAGAAAUCACUCCAUGUGUGACAACCGAAAUUUUCAUGAUAUAUUGUUGGUGACGGUGAAAGAGGAGCUUGAGAUGACAGAUCCACAACCAUGCAGAAUAAAAAAUGAAGAUACUGAGGAACAAAUAGAUGUGGUAGAAGUGAAAGAGGAGAGUCAAGCUGAAGUGGAUGAGAAACAUCAGAUUGUAAAAAUAAACCAUAAUGUUUCACAGAAAGAAAUUCUGAAGACAGAAGACAUAAAGUGUGAAACGAGUUUCCAAAAAUGUGGUCGCCCUGCAGAUCACAAGAGGACUCACAGUGAGGAGAAGCCUUUUACAUGUCAACAGUGUGGAAAGAGUUUCAUAUCUAAAAGUAAACUUGAGGCUCACCUGAGAAUUCACACUGGAGAGAAACCGUACACGUGUCAUCUUUGUGGAAACGGUUUCACAGUUGAAUCUAGCCUUAAGAAACACAUAAGAAUUCAUACUGGAGAGAAACCAUACACGUGUCAACAGUGUGAAAAGGGUUUUAAAUCUUCAAGUGACCUUACGAGACAUGUGAAAAUUCACAGUGGAGAGAAACCACAUGCGUGCCAAGAGUGUGUAAAGACAUUUACAUCUAUAAGUUACCUUAAGAAACACAUGAUAACUCACACUGGAGAGAAACCACAUGUGUGCCAUGAGUGUGGAAAGAGGUUUACAUCUCAAAGUAAACUUAAGGCUCACAUGAGAAUUCACACCGGAGAGAAACCUUACACAUGUCAACAGUGUGGAAACAGUUUCGCAGUUGAAUCUAGCCUUACGAAACACAUGAGAAUUCACAGUGGAGAGAAACCGUACACGUGUCAACAGUGUGGAAAGAGUUUUAAAUCUUCAAGUGACCUUACGAGACAUGUGAAAAUUCACAGUGGAGAGAAACCACAUGCGUGCCAUGAGUGUGUAAAGGCUUUUACAUCUGCAUGUAACCUUAAGAAACACAUGAUAACUCACACUGGAAAGAAACCGUUCACAUGUCUUCAGUGUGGAAAGAGUUUCAGAGAUAAAAGUAACCUUGAGAUUCACAUGAGACUUCACACUGGAGAGAAACCUUACACAUGUCUUCAAUGUGGAAAGUGUUUCAGAACAAAAGCUAACCUUGAGAUUCACAUGAGACUUCACACUGGAGAGAAACCUUACACAUGUCCUCUUUGUGAAAGGAGUUUCACAACAAAAGCUAACCUUGAGAUUCACAUGAUGCUUCACACUGGUGAGAAACCGUUUACAUGUCCUCAUUGUGGAAAGAGUUUCACAACAAAAGGUAUCCUUGAGACUCACAUGAGACUUCACACUGGAGAGAAACCAUUUGCAUGUCCUCAUUGUGGAAAGAGUUUUAUGUGGAAAUCAAGUCUUAGAAAUCACCAGCGCUUACAUUCUGAAGAAAAGACAUUCAACUCUUCUGUACAGUGAUGAGUUUAUUAUGACAUUUGAAUCAGAAGAUACACACAAGUGGUCAUGAGUGGAUAUGUAAAGUCUUACCGUGAGUUCACAUUAGCUGCGUCUGAGGCGUUAAAAUCGUGUCUAGUUUGCCGCUUGAACAUUAUGGGGCGCUUUCCCGACAGGGAUUGGACUCGUCUUAAGCACUAUUCGGACGGGAUUAGUUUUCCAAACGACGUUUGAGUUUCAACGUGUCCCCCAGGAUGUCUGUGAUUUUAUGCACCGAUCCGGACGGGAUUAAAAUGAUGCAGGCUAUUCUAGAGAUGGGAGUGUCUGUUUCAUGCAUUUGGGCGUUGCCGUAGCACGUGCUCUGGAUACGCGUGAUUGUAAUGUUUAAUAUUUUGCUUUAAAUGUAAAAUUAUGACAGAACAUGUAAUUUAUUAAUUUAAUUUUAAGAAAUCAAAAUAAAAUAUACAAAUCCUACUAAAGUAACGUUAGCCUACGUGUUUUAUAUAACUGUCUGCUUAUAAUAAACACAAAGAAAUGAAGAAAUAAUGAUUAAUAAAAAUUUAUUAUCUUUAUUAAUUAACAUUACCAUUCCGGAGCUGAACAACUUUGAACGGAGUUUCUUAUAACGUUAAUGAUAUUACAGUGGCCAGCCUUAACAGUGUAUGAUAUUCAGCUCGUCUUGAUUUAAUUAUUUUAUUUUGCUGAAUGCGAAAAAACAUUAAUAUCUGAAUGAAUGGGACUCAAUACAUGGGAAAUACAAUAUACGCGCAUUAUUAAUACCUUACGGCAGAUCACGUUGGCCAAAUCACGACAAGAACCGCGUUUUCAAAAGAUAUUACGGGCAAACACAGACAUUUGCAUUCGGACGGGAUUAAAUUUCUCAGAGGACCUCUGAGUUCGGCGAAAAACAGUAGGUAAAUUACUCUGGAAUUCUUACGGAGGUCGUCAGAGAAAAACACAGACAUGGCCAAUUCGGACAGGAUUAAAAACACAGAUGACCUCUGAGAAGCACGAUUUUCUCAGAGGUCCCCCUGUAAUACUAAUCCCGUCCGAAUAGGACUUUAGACUAAAACAUUUUUAAGAGCUGUCCAAACUGAAAACAACUUGCACUAACAUAUCUUAAAAUACAUCAGUACCCUUUGUUUUGCCUCAAAAUGCACAAGGCAUGGAAAAUGAUGGUUAUAUUUCAUAAUUAAUCUAAGGCCUAGUCCUGGAUUAAGAUUAUACCUGUCCGGGAAACUGCCCCUUUGAUUUGAAAUUCGCAAUCUAGCACUAAAGGUAAAUCUAAUCUUUACAUUAGAGCAAUGAAGUUUAGUGACGAUUGACCAAUCAGUGAUCUACUGUGUUUUCGCGUCAUGCUUGGUAUCAGCUUGGGUCGCUUGAAACCCCAAUCGAGGUGGUAUGAAAAAACGGGUACUACGUACUGCACCCAAUGGAAAAGCUCCCAAAAGCAAGCUGACCCGACCCAAACUAAACCAAACCGUGGGGUACUAUGCAAUGGAAACUGAUUGGUUAUCAUUUUGUUUCACGUGACUACAGCGCAGGUGUCCGCUUGUGCUUGAGGUUUCCCCCACAUAUCAGUAGGGGUGGGACAAAAAAUGUAUUCUUGGAUGAAUCGCGAUUCAGACGUGGGCCGAUUCUGAAUCGAUUCACAAAUGUUAGUUUACAAAAUAAUAACAUGACGUUAUCAUAACCAAAAGGCGUAACUCAACUGGGGGAGCGGUGCUGCACACGGACAACUUAAGAGAGCAUGCACUGCACGAGCGCAUAGUGGAGCUUACAUGAGCAGAAGAGAAAGAAAUAAAAUCUAGAACAGCCCUGUUUGACAUAUUCUAAACUGCAAGAAAACAAGAUACACUUUGGGAUAGUCUUUCUCUACCUUUUCUCUGUUCAAUGAGCAGCAGGGAGAAACAGCACAUUUAAUUUAAUGACUCUUUUGGCUAGGGGUGGGCGAUAAACUGGUAGACAUGGUAGAAAUUUGUCAACCGGUAGAGAUUUUGGACUAUCUUCUCUAUCGAGGUUACGCGCCCACGUCACGCUCCUGUGCGCGUGGUUACGGAAACGUAACGUUUGUACAUGUUUUGAAGAGCCGCAGUUUUAAAACAAGUUAUUUUAAGCCAUUGAAACACAAAUAACAGAUCUAUAUGUGUGCGUUCUUUCUGUCUGUGAGGAGUGCGCAAGUCGCGCAACCGCUGAUCUUUCUGUCUAUGAGGAACGGGCAAGUUGCGAAACCGCUGCUCAUUAAGCUUGUGAGCAUUUUUCCUGCUUUAUUGGCCUUAAAUACAUAUAUGCGUCAAAAUUCCCGCAUUUGCAAGCAUCCUCAUAAACACGACCAUUAAGGACUUAAGAGAAAGUGAACAGCUAAGAGAAAACGCAUGUGAAACAUAAAGUAGGGUCCGGACUUUGGUCUUAAAGGGGAAGUUUCCUAAUUCUGUUCCUGUCUGUCACUCAUGUUUAUGAAACAGCAUUAAGAGAAAAUCUCUACCUACUUCUGGCUGUGCUAAUAGCGUUUCCCUAAGCCAUCCGCUGAUUGUUUAGAUAUAAAGACAUGAAUAUACUUCUGUAAAAAUAUGCACAUAGUUUGUUAUUCAGUCGCUGGGUGCGCUGCAUUAUAUAAAUACAGUAAUACUGCCAAUCACUGUGUAUAAUGAUGAUGCUAGAUGCUUAAUGUUAGUCAGUUCGUGUAAGUUAAUGACGGUUAACAUAUAGAAUUAAUAUGUCACGUUUAAUUACUAUUUUGCUGGUUUUAAUGUCUUACAACAGAAACAGGACAUAUAUGUAUAUAAGAAUGACAUUAUUUAUCCCUUAGUUGCAUUAAAGUACAGUAUAUGACAGUUCAGAGACUAGUAGCAAAAGCGCAAAUAUUAACCUGGCUUUGAGGGCAAAUGUGACGUAAUGACGUCAGAGAUGUGCAAAUUAGUACGUCAAGAAUCGAUUCUGAAUCGAUUCAUGAGGGUCCAAGCGAUUCCCACCCCUACAUAUCAGGUUUCUGAUUUUAAAUAUUUAAUAUGUUGAAUAUUUCUGAAAAAUUCACACUUAAGAGAUGUUAUGUGUUUUGAUUGUGAAAACAGUUCUGAUGUGUCAAUGAUUUCUUUAUUACUGUGCUUCCUUUUCAUGUUCUUUUGGGGGUCUAUAUGAUCCCAGACCCUCUUCAAAUAGUUUAAAAACAUAUGCAGUGUUAUUUUUUAUUCUGAUAUUUCAUGACCAUUUUCCUUUACAUCAGAUCAUUUUACAAAUGUUUUUUCUUGAUUAUCGAUUACAUGUGAUGCUGACCCCAGUAAUAAAAGUUAUUACUGCAUGACCACCAAAUGGAUUGUCACAACUUUGAAUCUGUUCAGCACACAUAACACUCUGAGCUUGGCGUAUUUAGAUUUAUUUACUUGCAACAGUUUGUUCAAUGUUAAAUCACCAUUAACAAGUCUUUGUCUUUACAGAAUAAAACUUUAAAAUACGAGCCUCAUGCAAAGCAUUCUGGGAACCAAAAUCUGAAGGAAAAAGGUUGAUGAGGAUUUCUGGUUCCCAGAAUGCUUCGCAUGAAGCUCUUAUUUUACACUGUAAAAAGUAAUACCUAAAUCUAACUUAUAAACAUGUAUGUUUUAAGUUGAUUCAACUUGUAGCCUUUUUUAAGUAUAAUAAACACUGUAAUAUUACUUAAUACAAAUGCAACAAAAUUAAGUUGAGUUAACUAAUAGUUCUAGUAUUAGUUUAAUCUACUUUUCUUGGUACAGGUAUAUUUUUUAUGGUUUGUUGUUGUUUCCAUAAACAUUGGUUUAGACUUGAUAUUUCUGUGAGAUGAGGGCACGAACUGUUUAUUCAAUCAACGCGCCCACCCAGUUUAGUUUUGGUCAGCUGUAAAGCGCGACAUUCAGUAUGCAGUCUAUGCACAAGCACUCUUCUAAAUCUCGAAGAUAAAUGAACAUUAAACCCUUAAGUCUUUUUUUUGUUAAAAACACAAAAAACAGCGUUUAAAUUUCACUGUCCAAAUGCAGUCCCAUGCAAAGCAUGCUGGGAACUACGAGUCUAUUGCCUAGUUAGCUAUGUUUACUAAAAUCAUUCAUGUAGUUUCAACACAAAAUCAUGAAGUUAAUUUCCUUCUUACAAAUUUAAGUGGAUUAUACAUGAUAAAAUAAAGCUGAAUUUUUGUUCAUUUAGUAUUACUCAAACCAUUCAUGUUUUGAUGUUAUUUUAACUCAAAUUUUGAUUAAAAAACAAGAAUAUAUUUUUUAAUACAGUUUACUCGUUUUAUCUUUGUUAAAUCUACUAAGGAGAAACACUUUUUACAUUGUAGUUUUAUUCUGUAAAGAUAAAGACUUGUUAAAUCUUUAAAGACUGAUACAGACCUACAGAUUAUUUUUUUAUAUUUCACAUUUACACCCAAUUCAUUACAGUGAUCUCUUAAGAUCUCAAAUGUUUGUGAUUUAAAUAAGAUGAGCUGUAAAAUGCAGUUAUAAAGUACUAACUACUGUUGCUUUUAAAAGGACAUUUUCAAGUAUCUACUUUGUGUUUUUCUUUUACUAUAUUAUGUUUUCAUACACACAAAAUGUUUCAAUACUACGAUUUUACU